CCGUGUUAUAAUCUAAUCAGAUGAAUCAGAUGAAUAUCUGAUCAGGCUUCAAAUAUUUACAACACCCAUCACCUGCAUUAAUAUUCCCAUUCCUCCAAGAUGGCAUCCACUACCACCAGAACCUCAGGCUACGUUCGAGAAAAAUACACCCCACCCAUCAUUCACUCAUUCACUCUUCCAGACCAUUCCUCUGUUCGUACCACAGAAUUCGACGGCGUUAUUGGGGUCGACUUGCCUUCCCUUUCAAUUCACUUUGAACACUCCCAAAGGUCCCUCAGAACAAGCCCACAUGGGAUCGUUAACGAUGAUAGGGCUGUAUCAUCUCCCGCUGUUGUCAUGAAACCCAAAGAGCCUUCUGAAUUAACUAUUGCAGAUGUCUGGAUAUCGCUUUACGCGUUUUGGAUUCAUCGAUCGCAACUCGAAGUUCACCCGCUCAUCCUGGCCGAUUCCACUUCUCUCAAAAACAUCGAUGAAGUUUUAACCUAUCUCACACAUUCCGGACUUGCAUUCGUGCCGCCAGACGCACAGUCUCCACACGAACUUCUGAUCAUUCGAGCAUCCUUCUGGCAAGGAGCUGGUGCACCGACACAUCUCCACUGGCUUCGUACCCCAAUUCCAUCUCCCAGCCUGAGUCUCCUCAAUCCAUUCCCAUUCACUCAGUCUUUCACUCGUUCAGAACACGUUCUGACCACUCAUCCCUUGCGGCCGCCUAAACCUGCUCCCGGAUCCGUCAUCUACUCCAGGUACAUUCACCAAGUAGGCGAACACCUCACACUCACCCAUAUCGACGCGUCCAACCCCGAUCAUUUUGCUUCCUACGCCAAAUGGCAAAACUCCGAUCGUGUUAAUGUAGGAUGGCGCGAGAAAGGCCCUGAUGAUAAACACAGAGUUUUCCUUGCUAAUCGUCUGGCAGAUAAACACAUCAUGGGAUUUAUCGUUGCUUGGAACGGCGAAUUGGCAGGAUAUGGUGAAAUGACCUGGGCUAAAGAAGACCUGAUGGGAACAUAUGUUGGUGGUCUUGGGGACUAUGAUCAGGGCACGCACUUGCUGAUUGGUGAGGAGAAGUUCAGAGGACGCCAACGGUUCACUGCUGUGAUGACCUCGAUGAAGCACGCAUGCUUCCUCCGAGAUCCUAGGACAGAGGUCGUUGUUGGGGAGCCUCGCGCCGAUUUACCAAUUGUUCCAAUGCUCAUUGCAUACCUUCCGCAAGAAUUGAACAGGGAAUUCGAGCUCCCUCAUAAACGCGGAGUGUAUUUUGCUUUACGCAGGGAAAGAUUCUUCCAAGCUGCCAUGCUUGAUUGAGAAAGUUCCGAAGCGUCAAGAAAGGAACGCGCGAUCAUCGAGGAGUGACUCGUGUAUGAGCAACAGACAAUGUACAAAUCGCAUAUAACGAUACAAAAAAAUGUUCUCGAGAGCAAUUCCAAAGUUUCCUCUCAUCGUGCCGUCAAUCACUGUCCCCCAAGUUGUUCCUGAUAUCCUCCCAAAUGAUUUUGCCAUCUUCCCCCCCUUGAAAGUAAUAAGAUGCUCCCAAUUGUCCUAUUACAGUAAAUAUAAGUAUCACAUCACGCAAAAAAAAAUUUAAAAAAGCAUUUAAACGCACAC